AUGUUUAAACAAAAAUUAAAAUCUUUAGAUUAUAUGUUUUGGGAUAAGGUUAAUGCAAAUGAUACUGAACAUUUUCGAAAACUGGUCAGUUGGUUAGAGGAUCAAAAAAUAAGACAUUACACAAUUGAAGAUCGAGCUGGAUUGAGAGAAAUCACGAAGCCUGACUGGGAUAAAAGCUUUGAUAAAUUUAUUUUGGAUGUGGGAUGUCCAGUUACUACUUCUAAUUUGGAUAAACUUGAAUGGUUGAUUGGUCUGGCUGUAAGACUUGAAUAUGAAGAUAAUUUAAAUAAAUAUCAGAAGGUAACGAAAAAUAAGGAAGCAGAUGCCGCGGUGCCUAGUAUCAAGUCAACAAAUCCUUUGGAUAAUUUAGAUUUUGAAAGCAAUGAGUUUAAAGACCGAGUCAACGCGAUGGCAAAAUUACUCAAAGUUGCGCAACAUCCAGAUCACCGUGUGACACUUGAAGCUUGUAGUAAGUAUGUAACUCAGAGAUUAAAUUCCAAUGCGUUGAAAAAUCCGUCGAGUGUUGUGAUAAAAGGGAAACCAUUCCCAAUAAUGGAGACUGAGAUGGGUUUCGACAUGGGUGACAAAGUACUGAAUAACACUGCAAAAGCGCUCAGUUUAUUGUACAUCCAAGAUCUGAGGAAUCUCCAAACGGGAAUCAAUGAAGCAAUCGUCGCCGUACAAAAUAUAACCGCUGAUCCUAAGACUGACACCAAAGCUGGAAGGGUUGGAAGAUAG